AACCGUUUUAUGUGUCUGGUCCAUAGGGGGGAUUAUGGUUUUACUAUUUUUUUUUCUUUGCCUCCCAAUUUCACUAUAAGGGCCUGACACGCUGUUGUAGACGGAGGAGAAGGAGAAGAGCAACUGAGGCUGAACUAUCGAAAAGUAUCCUGUGAUCAUCGUUUGGGUUUUAUUUCAACUUUCCUUGGAGAUGAAUGGACUGAUCAGGAUGGAGAGACAGAAGUUUCCUUUUACUAUUGAGAACAUCCUGAGCAAAUAUCCAAACAGUAACGGAGAUAAACGACCGUGUGGAGCAAGUGGACUAAAAGAGAAAACAGUGGGUCCUGCUGGAGGCCAGACAGACACUGUUCCUCCCGCCUGCCUCUGCUGCUGCUACUGCUCCCACUGUGCAGACAUAUUCCACACUGACUUCAUUCACGAAGCCUGUCAGUAUGGAUGGAGUCCAGCGAUGCUCUCGGACCCCUGCAGGCUGGGAGACGCUCACAGGGAGGAUCACUCGCCCGGUCAGGUGCAGAGGAGAACCAGACGUCACCGAACCAUUUUCACCGAGGAGCAGCUGGACGCACUGGAGGAGCUGUUCCUGCAGAACCAGUAUCCAGAUGUGAACACAAGGGAGAAACUAGCACAGCGCACUCACUUAAGAGAAGAAAGAGUAGAGGUUUGGUUUAAAAACCGAAGAGCAAAGUGGAGACGUCAGAAAAGACUUUCCUUUGUUGUGGGAAACACAGAAAACUAAGUAAAAGAUGACUGUGAAUAAAAAGCUGUGUGGGUUUAAAA